AUGGAUCGAUUUGCACGCGCCGUGCAUCGCCUGCACGCCGCCAUUUUCCAGGGCUACCGCGACUGGUGCUCACAUGUGGGACUGCCCCUCCGCAUACCGGAGCUCAAGCUGGCCAAGAUCCACAGGCCGCACACUAUACAGGCAAGGUGGAAGAUUUUGCACAGGGUGACGGUGGUCAGUGAGUGGGAGUAUGGACUGGAGGAGCUGGCCAUGUACUUCCUGGUGUACUCGGAGGCAGCCAACCUGCGGCACACUCCGGAGUGCCUCUGGUUUGUCUUCUGGAUCUGCCGCAACUCCUUCCACAGGUGGAACGGUGCCUCCUGCCCAAACCCGAUGCACCCCUCCUCGCCCAUCUUUGCAUACGAACACCUGAAGCAUGCUGAUGUCAUCCAACGAAACAUCAGUCUCCGCAACCGGCACCAUGCUGAGCUGAUGGCCGCUAUGGCUGCUCUGGGCACCACGCCUGACCUCGUGGACGAAACGCGCGAGUCCAUGGCCCUGACAGCCCUGGUCCACACCGGGUCCAUCCAGCCAGACUCACCCGACGGCGCGGCCCUGGCGGACAUGGCGGCGCACGGCGACGCGGGCUACUUCCUGGACCGGGUGGUCUCGCCCAUCUUUGCCUUCCUGGCCGUUCAUGUGGACAGGAUGGGGACGGAUGGGGUGGAAAUCGCCCACCGCAUCGCCUACGAUGACGUGAACGAGAGUCUGUGCCGCAGGAACAUCGUCGCCCAGGCCCUGCUGCGCCUGGGCGUCAGGGUUGGGCCGGGCGGGAGCAUCGCCAUGUCCCGCGACCCCUACGAUGCCCUGCUGGGCAUCGGCAGGGUCCAGAUCAGCGUGGAGGGGCAGCCUAUCGCCAAGCUGGCGGCGGGGCGGCUGGACACGGAGGGCAUGGGGGGCGUGGGCUGGAACGUGGAGGUCGCGCGCGACUGGUGGGGCGCGUUUGUGUUUAGGAAGACGUUUGUUGAGCGGCGCAGCAUCUUCACCAUGUACAGAGCAUUCUACCGCGUCUGGGCCUUCAUCCUCCUAGAGUUCCACCUCAUGGCCGUCCUCACCUGGGGCCGCGACAACUACUACGCGAUCUCCUCCCUGGCCAUGAGCCACGCCCUGCUGAGCUUCCUGGAGCAGGUCGCCGCCUUCUGGACGCAGCGCGCCUCAGUUGGGGGCCCUCGCGUGGCGGGCGGGGCCAUCUCUGGGCGUGCCGCCCUGGGCGUGCUCCAGUGGCUGGCCAUCCUGUGCGUUAUGGCCCUGCUCAUGGCCGCCCAGGUGAUCGGCUGGUGGGUGUUCGGCGAGUACCACAUCUGGUGGUGGGCUGCGGCAGGAUACGGCGGCCUGGUUGUGGCCCAGGCACUGCUGUCUACCCGCCCGGGGCACGCGGUGAGCUGGGGCACCUGGCUGAGCAACGUCGUCUUCUGGGCCCUGGUGCUGGGCAUGAAGGGCGCGUUCGACUGGUACGCGGUCUUCCGCACCCUGGACACCUCCAUCCUGGGGCUGUGGAACCGCGGCUGGCUGCCCCUCUCCUCGGACGGCCGCCUGGACGGCGACCUGGUGCUGUGCAUCGCGCGCGCGCUGCCGGCGCUGGUCAUCAUGGCCACCGACGCUCAGGUGUUCUACUACCUGGUCACCGCGCUGUUUGGCUGGGUCAAGGGCCUGGUGCAGCUCAACCUGGGGGCGGUGACCGGCUUCCAGGAGGUGGUGGCCACCUUCCACAAGGCGCCCGCCCAGUGCUGGGUCCUCUUCUCCGACGUCUGGAACGAGGUGGUGGCCGAGCUGCGCGAGGUGGACCUCAUCAGCAACGCGGAGCGCGACAACCUGGUCUUCGUCCACCUCGACCUGGAGCCGGGGGUGGAGGCGGUCAGCCGCGCCCUGGAGGUGCCCGGCAUCAACUCCGCGCAGAAGGUGGGGAGGGAGGUGGGGGGAGGGGGCGUCGGGCGCCGAGCACGAGCGUGCUGGUGGGGCGCAGAGUGCCCCGCUGGUGGGGCGUGGGGGAGGAUGCGCAUCCUCAUCGUCUGGCUGGUGCUGCAGCUGCGCAUCGUCGACCGCGAGCAGUCCAACGUGCUGCUGGACUUCAAGCCUCUGGAGGGGCCCCUGGACUUGGAGCAGCGCACCGCACGGCGCUCGGCCGUGGCGGCAGUAGGCGAGCUGCUCAAGCUGCUCAAGACCAUAAUGGCCAAGGCCCCGGAUGACGCCGCGCUGCGCACGCGCUGGGAAGCCUCCCAGAAGAUGCAUGGCUGCCUGGUCAAGCUGGCCGCCGCCCUGCGCAUCGAAAUCAAGGCCGUCCUGCGCGUGCACUCCCGCUCCGCGCGCGGGCCCGACGAGAAGGACUCGAGCCGGCGCACGCACAGCGCGGCGGUGGCCCUGGACCGCGCGCUGGACGCGCUGUCGGCGGGCCUGCUGGACUUCUGGCGCUGGUGCGAGUUCGUGGGCGAGGCCGCAGGCCUGGCCACGCUGCACGCCGACGCCCCCGACUCCGCCGCGCGGCGCUGUGUGGCCGCGGUGGCGCGCCAGCUGGAGCGCAUGCUGGACACGAGCGCCAAGGGCGCGCAGCCGCGGGGCGACGAGGCGCUGCGCGUGCUGACGGGGUUCAUGAGCAGCCUGCGCAACCCGACGCUGGCGCGGCCGCCGGCGGUGGAGGACAUGCUGAGCUGGAACGUGCUGACCCCGCACUACGAGGAGGACGUGAUGUACGCGCUCAACGCGGCCAGCGUCGCGCGCCACUUCGACCUCCAGCCCUCCGCCGCCACGGGCAUGGCGGACCUGGUGCGCGAGAACGAGGACGGGCUGUCGGUGAUGCAGUGGCUCAAGUCGGCCUACGCGCGCGAGUGGGACCACCUGCUGGAGCGCCUGGGGCCCGCGCUGAAUGGCCUGGAGCCCAGGCACAUCACGGCGGCAGACUUCGACGUCGGGGGCCCGCUCCACGCGGUGCAGGUGCAGCUGCUGCUCUGGGCCUCCUACCGUGGCCAGCUGCUGGCGCGCACGGUGCGCGGCAUGAUGGCCUACGAGCGCGGGCUGGCGCUGGUGGCGCGGCUGGAGAGCCCGCGCCCGCCGCGCCUGAGCGAGGUGGCGUACGAGGCGCGGCUCAAGGACCUGGUCUCCUCCAAGUUCACUUACGUGUACCCGGGCCUGCGCGUGGCCACCAUCGACAGCGCCGUGGCGGAGGGCGGGGCGCGCCAGUGCGCGGUGCUGGUGCGCGCCAACGUGGGCACCGUCGUCACCGACCCGCGAAGCGUGCACGAGCUGAUCCGGUUGCCGCAGAACCGGGAGACGACGCACGGCGUCAUCCUGGGGGAGGGCAAGCCCGAGAACCAGAACUCGGCCAUCAUCUUCUGCUUCGGGGAGGUGCUGCAGGCCAUCGACAUGAACCAGGACAACUACCUGGCCGAGGCGCUGAAGACCCCCGUCACCCCGCACGGGACCAUCAACAAGUACGAGCGCCCCUUCCCGGACAUGGGGCACUCCCCCGUCGUACUGGUCGGCUUCCGGGAGUGGGUCUUCUCCCAGGACUCAGGUGCGCUGGCCAGCUUCGCCGCCGCGACCGAGUUCUCCUUUGGCUCCGUGGUCCAGAGGGUGAUGACCUGGCCGGGGGCCGUGCGCUUCCACUAUGGCCACCCAGACAUGUGGAACAAGCUGUUUGUGAUGACGCGCGGUGGCGUGUCCAAGGCGACCAGGGGGUUCCACAUCAGCGAGGACGUGUUUGCGGGGUACAACCACACGCUGCGUGGCGGCAAGACCAAGUUCAAGGAAUACAUAUCCGUGGGCAAGGGGCGGGACAUGGGGUUCGACUCCAUCAACUCCUUUGAGUCCAAGGUGUCUGGCGGGAAUGGGGAGCAGGCCAUGUCCCGUGACCUCUUCCGCAUGUGCUCCCGAUUCGACUUCUUCCGCCUCAUGGCCUUUUAUCACUCGGGUACCGGCUUCUUCAUCAACAGCUUCCUCAUCAUGACCCUGGUGUACCUCAACAUCUGGGUGAUCCUGGUGCUGGCCCUGACCAACUCCAUGCUGGUUGUCGACCCCUACACCCUCACCGUGAUCAACGCGCUGACGGGGCAGGCGGUGGCUGUGUCGGUGAACCAGGCGGUGCAGCUGGGCAUGCUGUCCAUCAUCGUGUUUGCCGUGGAGCUCCUGCUGGAGUAUGGCAUCGUGAAGAUGCUGGGCACGCUCCUCGUCCAGUUUGUCCAAGGGUCCCUGGCCUUCUUUACCUUCCGGGCGCGCACGAGCGCCUACUACUUCAUGAGCGACGUGCAGUACGGCGGCGCCAAGUACAUCCCCACCGGCCGCGGGUACGCCAUCAAGCACUCGUCCUUUGUCAAGGUGUACUCCAGCUACGCCCGCAGCCACCUCUACUUUGCGGCGGAGCUGGUGUACCUCCUGGUCUUGCUGGCCCUCAUCGACACCACGGCAAGCCCUGGGGGGGGGGCAUCACUGCCACUGGCGAUGCAGGACUAUGGCGCGCUCACCUGGUCGACCUGGCUGGUGGCCGUGUGCAUCCUGUGGUCGCCCUUCUGGUUCAACCCCCAGACCUUCCAGCUGGAGAGGUGCAAGGACGACUUCGAGGCCUGGAUCCUGUGGAUGACGGAUGUGAUUGACAGCGAGGCUGGCAGCACCUGGUACUCAUGGAACAAGUCCAACCUGGAACGCAUCCGCAAUGAGAAGAUGAGCCUGAAUAAUCCGAUGGCCACCAGCCUGCGUGGGAUCGCCGGGGCGCUGCCGACCGCCGUCCUCGCCCUCGCCGCCAUCUCCACCCUGACCAACACCAGCAUCAACCGGUGGGUCAUCUUUGGCAUCGCAUCAGGGGGCUUCUGGACGUUCAUCCUCGUGGUGUGGGUGGUCAGGCGCGUGCUACUCUCCAACUACUACUACCGGCUCUGGAGGGCGAUGCGCACGUUCUGUUUCCUGGCAGCCAUAGCCUUCCUGGUCUGCUGCGUCAUCUUCAUCCCAGGAGGCUUCUCGGCCGGGGUCGGGGUGAAGAACCUGAUCAUCAUCAUCUUCGCCAACAUGUCUGCCGUGUCGGUGGCGACACAGAUCCUGCUGUAUGGUUGUCGAGACUCCAUCAUGGCUCGGCACAUCGUGGAUGCUUCCUACAGGACACUGGACUGGAUCCUGGGUUACAUUUUCUUCAGCUUCCUCUUCCUGUUGUCGUUCAUCCAAGUCGUCGACAUGCUGCAAGGAGCCAUGCUCUACAACAUGAAGUUCGCCAAGGCCUUGCAGCGCUCUCGCCUCAUGGAAUCCAAUUUCCUGCCCAGCUACGUGGAUAGAGCCAUGGAGCGACUGUCCCAUACCCUCCAGGAGGAGAUUGUGGUGAAGACCCCUCCAAGGCCGAAGCCGACAAAAGGCAUCUGA